CCUAUUUUAAAAAUAAACUUUUGUUAGAAUUUUCCUCUUUUUUUUUCCUUUAAUUUUUCUUUGAAAACCAAGAAAUCAAAAGAAAAUAAAAAGUGUAGAAAGAAUGGGAACAGAAGGAGAUUCAACAUUUCCUGCAGCAGAUGUUGAGAGAGAAUUGGAUGCAGCCUUAAAUAAAGAUUUUGAAGUUGAUUCUGUUUCUUCUCAUAUUGCUGCCUCUAAAGAUAUCAAGAAAAACAAGAAUAGGGAAAAGAAAGAUGCAAUGCAGACACUGAAGACUACCAUUUUAGUUUCAGCAGUUAUUGUUGCUGUGGCUGGUGCUGUUAUUGUCUUCACCAAAAAAUUGAGAGAGAAAUGAUACCGACAUUUUUAUCUAGACCCGAUUUAUGAAAAAUACAUAAACCUCAUUAAUGUAUUUUUUUUGUCUAUUAUUAUAAUUGUUAUUAAAUAAUUAUCCCAAUUUCCAGGAAUUUAUUAUUGUUGUGGAAUUAGUUAA